CUGGGAGGCCGAACCCUCGGCUGGGAAGGGUGGCGCCAUUCCCGGCCUCUUUCCGUUGCUGCGGCUGCAACGGGGAAGCGGGCCUGGGGCUAGGCUGAAGAGCAAUUGCGGCUCUUCUGCGCAUGCUCUGACCCCUCCGGCACUCCCUGCCAGGUGGCGCUGUCUCUCUACGUCGCGCAGUGACGUCAUACGCCAGCGAGGCUCCGUUGUGAGCCAUGGCGGCAGCGGCGGCUAGUGAGGGUGGUGUGGCCUUUCUCCAUCCGCCGGCAUCCGCUGCCAUCCGCCACCGGAGCCGCCACUAUGGACCGGGGAUGAAGCGGAGGAAGCUCGGGGCAGCGCCGGGCUGAGCGCUUCUUCCUUACGGAGUUCAGUCGCCGCUGCCGUGAGGUUCCAUGCUCCCGCUGGGAUGAUGCACAGGAUGGACAAGGAAGACACCAGGAGUGAGGAGAUGGGUUCAACGGCCUUGCGUUGUAAUUAACAGAACUGUGGAAAAUCUGAGAGAUUUUUGGGAAAGCCACCAGGAAAACUGGCUGACAGCCUCGUUGAAUGCCAGCAUGGGGAUCCCCUUUCUGCUGAACUUCACCCUGGGCACAUCAUUCCUAGAGCUCCCCAGUUAUCCUGGGGGUUUAACUGGGAACAUUGGGAUGAGAACACAGCGAUGUCAAACAGCAUCAGCUUAAUAAAUAAUGGGGUUUUCCUGCCUGUGGUGACGUGACCAGUGACCAUCCCCCCGGUAUCCCCCAAAACCGUGUCCCGAGGGAUGGGCGUGGUGGGGAGUUGCCAACCCCCAAAUUUGGGUGUCUGCAAGGAUGUCACCCUGGGUGACGAUGGGUCCUCACGGCGCCUGCGCGGCAGUUGGCAGUGCAGGAAGCCGGCGCGGCUUUGGGGAGAGGGGGAGAAGGGAAGUGGGUGCUGCGGCAUGGCGGAGCUGGAGGGUCCUGAAUAUGGGAAAGCUGAUUUUGUCCUCCUGGAUGAGGUGACCAUGGAGCAGUUCCUGGAGAACCUGCGCCUGCGGUUCUCACAGGGCCGCAUCUACACCUACAUUGGGGAGGUGGUGGUGGCAGUGAACCCAUACCAGACACUGGCACUUUACGGGCCACCAAUGGUGGAGCGCUACCGUGGCCGCGAGCUCUAUGAGCGCCCACCCCAUCUCUUUGCCCUGGCCGAUGCUGCUUACAAGGCCAUGAAGCGCCGUGCUAAGGACACCUGCAUCGUUAUAUCAGGUGAGAGCGGGGCAGGCAAGACAGAGGCCAGCAAGUACAUCAUGCAGUACAUAGCAGCCAUCACCAACCCCACCCAGCGUGCUGAGGUGGAGAGGGUGAAGAAUGUGCUGCUCAAGUCCAACUGCGUCCUGGAGGCUUUUGGCAAUGCCAAGACCAACCGCAACGACAACUCCAGCCGCUUCGGCAAGUACAUGGACAUCAACUUUGACUUCAAGGGUGACCCCACGGGCGGCCAUGUCCACAACUACCUGCUGGAGAAGUCUCGAGUCCUCCAGCAGCAGCCAGGAGAGAGGAACUUCCACGCCUUCUACCAGCUGCUGCUGGGUGCCCCAGCAGCACUCCUGUCCUCGCUGCACCUCUGCCGGGACCCCAGCACCUACUGCUACACCAGGGAGGGUGCCCAGGGUGACGCCUGCACAGAUGACGCAUCCAGCUACCGGGCGGUGGAGGAGGCGAUGGCAGUGAUCGGCUUCUCCCCGGAGGAGAUGGGCUCCGUGCGCCGGAUCCUGGCUGCCAUCCUGCACCUGGGCAACCUCAGGUUCACACAGGAGGAGGAGAUGACAUUGGUGGAGGACACAUCAGGGGUCUCGGUGCUGGCCGAGCUGACAGCCACGGCCCCUGACAGCCUGCGCCAGGCACUCCUGACCCGCACUGUGGCGGCCGGAGCCGGGGAGCUCAUUGAGAAGGGCCACAGCCCCAAGGAGGCCGCAUACGCCCGCGAUGCUUGUGCCAAGGCCAUCUAUGAGCGGCUCUUCUGCUGGAUCGUGGGGCGCAUCAAUGCUGGCAUCGCUGCCCGUGGGUACGAUGCACGUGUGCAUGGUAAGAGCACGGUCAUCGGCGUGCUCGACAUCUACGGCUUUGAGAUCUUCGACACCAACAGCUUCGAGCAGUUCUGCAUCAACUACUGCAAUGAGAAGCUGCAGCAGCUCUUCAUUGAGCUGAUCCUGCGGCAGGAGCAGGCCGAGUACCAGCGGGAGGGCAUCACCUGGCAGAGCAUCGAGUACUUCAGCAACGAGCCCAUUGUGGAGCUUGUGGAACAACCCCACCGUGGCAUCCUGGCGCUGCUGGAUGAGGCCUGCCUGGCUGCAGGGACCAUCACUGACUCCCUCUUCCUCGCCUCCAUGGACACCCGCCUGGGCCACCAUCCCCACUACACCAGCCGCAAGCUCUGCCCCACAGACAAGACCAUGGAGUUCAACCGGGACUUCCGCAUCAAGCACUACGCAGGAGAUGUCACGUACUCGGUGGAAGGGUUCCUGGACAAGAACAAGGAUACGCUCUUCCAGGACUUCAAGCGGCUCUUCUACAACAGUGCGGACCCUGUGCUGCGCGCCAUGUGGCCUGACGGCGAGCAGAGCAUCACUGAGGUCACCAAGCGCCCGCUGACCACCGGCACCCUCUUCAAGAACUCCAUCGUGGCCCUGGUGGAGAACCUCGCCUCCAAGGAGCCUUACUACGUGCGCUGCAUCAAGCCCAAUGACCAGAAGUCUCCGACACUGUUUGACGUGGAGCGCUGCCGGCACCAGGUCUCCUACCUGGGGCUGCUGGAGAACGUCCGCGUGCGCCGUGCCGGCUUUGCCUACCGCCAGCCCUACCACCGCUUCCUCCUGCGGUACAAAAUGACCUGUGAGUACACGUGGCCCAACCACCUGAUGGCCAGUGACCAGGAGGCUACGCAAGCCCUCCUGGAGCAGCACGGCUUCCAGGAUGACGUGGCUUACGGCCACACCAAGGUCUUCAUCCGCACACCCCGUACCCUUGUCCGCCUCGAGCAGGAGCGGGCACAGCUCAUCCCCAUCAUUGUCCUGCUGCUGCAGAAGGCCUGGCGUGGAGCCCUGGCACGCCGGCGCUGCCGGUACCUGCGGGCAGCCUACACCAUCAUGGCCUGCUACAAACGGCACAAGGUGAGGGCAUAUCUGCGUGAGCUGCUGCGGCGCUUCCAGGCUGUCCGCACCCUUCCUGAUUUCGGGAAGAGUGUGGUUUGGCCGGAGCCACCAGCAGUGCUGGUGCACUUCCAGGAUGCCAGCCAGCGCCUCUUCCGCAGAUGGCGAGCACGGCAGAUCAUCAAGAACAUCCCCCCGUCGGAGAUGGGGCAGAUCCGGGCCAAGGUGGCCGCCAUGGUGGCACUGGGGGGGCUGCGGGAGGCCUGGGGUUGCCAGCGCAGCUGGGCACGGGAUUACCUCUCCUCGCCUAGCGAGAACCCGGCGUUGGCACUGCUCUUUGCCCGCCGCCUCCAGAACCUCAAGGACAAGGUGCAUUUUGGCUCUGUUCUCUUCUCCUGCCAUGUCCGCAAGAUAAACCGCUUUGGGAAGAGCCAGGAUCGGGCCAUCUUGGUGACAGACCAGCAUGUCUACAAGCUGGACCCCCGAAAGUCUUAUGGGAUGAUGCGGGCGAUACCCCUCAGCACCGUGACAGGCCUGAGCGUGACGAGCUGCCGGGCGCAGCUGGUGGUGUUCCACACCCAGAGCCAGGAGGACCUGGCCGUGUGCCUGCACAAGAUGCAGCCGGCGGGGGACAACCGGGUGGGCGAGCUGGUGGGGGUCCUGCUGGAGCACUGCCGCACGACCAAGAGGGAGCUGCAGGUCCGGGUCUCCGACUGCAUCCAGCUGAGCUUCCGCGGGCGCCGGCGGCUGCUGACAGUGGAGACACGGCCGGAUGCAGCCACCCCGGAUUUCAGCAAGAGUCGCGAUGGCUUCGUGCUUUACUGGCCUGGGAAAUGA